GAGCUUCUUUCGUCCUUGCUCUGGUCCCGAUCAUGGGGUUUUCUCUCUACCUCCUGACUCUGAUUCCUCUUCUCUCUCAGUGCACAGCUCAGUGGUGUUACCAGAGCCAGUACUGUGAUGAAACCUGCAAAGACCCAAACCACUGGGCAACUCAGUUUCCCCGCUGUGGAGGCUUACGGCAGUCACCAAUCAACAUUGUCACCAGCAAAGUGCGCAUCAACACCGCCCUGCCACCUUUUAACUUCAUUGGUCACACUGACAUAAUCAACAUCACAGUGGAAAACAAAGGACAUUCUGCUCACUUUGUUUUGCCACAGUCAGUUAGACUGACUGGAGGAGCUCUGCCGGGUCAUUACAGAGCUGCCCAGUUUCACUUCCACUGGGGUGGGAACGGGAGACCAGGAUCAGAGCACACCAUCGAUGGAGAGAGAUUCCCCAUGGAGCUGCACAUCGUCCACAUCAAGGAGCCGUAUGGCUCCAUGGCAGAAGCAGAACAUGACACGGCAGGUAUAGCUCUGCUUGCCUUCCUGUUCGAGGAAACAACAGAUAAUAAUCCCAAUAUGGACGCAGUAAUAGCUGCUCUGGGCCAAGUACCAAACAAUGGCAGCAGCACAGUGAUCCCAAACUUUCGCCUUAGCGACAUUAUCCCAGCUGCCAAGGACCUUCACAGUUACUACCGCUACGUGGGCUCCAUGACAACUCCCGGAUGUGAGCAGGCAGUUGCAUGGACUUUGUUUCACAGGACACUGUCCAUCAGUGGUCGACAGCUGGAGACAAUAGUCAACCAGUGUCGAUUUUGGACAGGACUGCCUAUGACAGACAUCUUCAGACCCACACAGCCUCUGGAUGGCAGGGUUGUGUAUUGCUCCAAGUCUGGUACAGCUCAGAGGAGUGUGAUCAAUUUGCAGUUAUGUAUUUUCUCAGUUGUGCUCAUGACAAAGGCUCUGAUACACUAACCCACCACAUGAAAACACCUGGUUAGACUAACAAAGGCAAAGCAACUCUGAUGAAAUAUCGGCACACUUGUACAGAGCCUUCAAAGCAUCACAGUGGGAAUUAGUUUAUCUUUAGGUCCAAUUUCACCUCCAGUCUUUUUCAGUCAGCUGCUUUGCCAGCUACAGGUUUAGUACAAAUUAAAAAUUGCUAUGACGCAUAUAUAAUAUAACCCAGCCUUCCUCUGUGGAUCAGAGGUAAUACUUCUGUAAAAAUUGUAAAGAUUCCCACUGUUAUCCAUUGAGGGCCUAUAGCUGCUGUUUUGUGUUCAAGCUACACAUUAUUCAAGAUGAAUGGACAUUUUCCCCGUGUUUUCCCUGACAUAUAACCAGACAUGAAGAUGUCAUUUUGGGCCAGAGUAGCAUCCCGUCUGAGAACAUGGUGGUGUUUGUACUGCCCAGUGCUUUGAUUCAGACUGAAGCAAAGCUCCACCAGAUAGACAGCCAUGACAUCUCAUGAUCUUAAGCUGUUUACACACAUGUAAGAACACGUUGGUCCAAAACAAAUUUGCUCUGCAUUUUCUUUUAUUGUUUU